AUGGUCGAGGAUAAUAUUAAUAAUGGUAAUAAUGCCAUUAAUGGGGUUCCCAAAGCAAAUAGAGCAUUGCGAGAUUAUGCAGUUCCUCUGUUGCAAGGUUUGCACCAAAGCAUUAGGAGACAUUUUAUCAAUGCGAAUAAUUUUGAAAUUAAACCAGCCUAUAUUCAAAUGAUUCAGUCUUCAGUCCGGUUUGGUGGGUUACCCAAUGAUGAUCAUAAUGCUCAUUUAGUAAAUUUCCUGGAGAUUUGCGAUACUUUUAAAUACAAUGGAGUAACUGAUGAUGUUAUUAGAUUGAGACUGUUUCCGUUCUCUCUAAGGGAUAAAGCAAAAAGCUGGCUUAAUUCACUGCCUAAUGGGUCUAUCACUACAUGGGAGGAAUUGGCUCAAAAGUUUCUCACAAAGUUCUUUCUACUUGCAAAGACUGCAAAGUUGAGGAACGAUAUCACCUCAUUCACACAAUUUGAUGGUGAGUCCUUUUAUGAAGCUUGGGAGAGGUUUAAAGAACUACUGCGAAGAUGUCCACAUCAUGAGAUUCCUGAUUGGUUGCAAGUUCAGACAUUCUACAAUGGGUUAAUUGGGUCAAUUAAAACCACAAUUGAUGCUGCUGCUGGUGGGGCAUUGAUGAGUCAAAAUGCUGCUGAUGCUUAUAAUUUGUUGGAUGAGAUGGCUUCAAAUAAUUAUCCAUGGCCUUCAAAAAGGUCGAGUUCUAGAAAAGCUGUUGGAGCCUAUGAGAUUGAUGCAAUUAGCAACUUAGUUGCACAAGUGGUUGCAUUGUCCAAGAAAUUUGACACAUUGGGAGUUCAUGCAGUCCAAAAUUCAUUUGUAGUUUGUGAGAUGUGUGGAGAUGGGCAUUCCAGUGAUCAAUGUUUAUACAAUUAUGUAUCAGUCCAAUUUGUGGGAAACUUCAACAAGCAGCAGAAUAACCCGUAUUCUAAUACAUACAAUCCUGGUUGGAGAAACCACCCCAACUUUUCAUGGAACAACAAUGCAGGGCCUUCCAAUCCAAACCCCAACGUGCCUCCUGGUUUUCAACAAUAA